AUGGGUACAAUAUCGAGCACAAUUGAAGAAAAAUUAGCUAUAUGUUUUCUACCAUCAACAACACCAAAAUUUCACCGACGACACAAACCUUCUGCGUCAAAAAUUCUCUUGUUAGGUUUGGACAAUGCUGGCAAAACAGAUUUACUCAGAAAUAUUACGCAAAAUGAGUCUUUACAGAACAGACCAACGAUAGGUUAUAAUGCUGAAACAAUUCGUUUGCGUUCAUUUCGUCGAAGUAAAAAGGUAACAUUAUGGGAUUGUGGUGGUAAGAUGUGUUUAAGAAAAAUGUGGCCAUAUUAUUAUUCCGAUACAUCUGUCCUUGUAUGGCUAAUAAAUUCAAAUGAUCGUUCGAGAUUAGAAGAGAGUUUGAAUGCGUUGACAACUACACUAAAUGAUACAUCGAUGUAUAAAGUUCCACUGUUAGUUGUACUGUAUCGUCCACUGAAUAUUAUGUCAUCAUCAUAUCAACAAGGAUAUACUAUCGACGUGUCUGAUGAAGCACAAUUAACUAGUUUGGAAUUAGCAUUUCGUUUAUCGUCUAAGUUACCUAAUAUUGAUCUUAAGUGGCAGGUGAUUAAUGUUACUGGAAGUAACCAAAAAGAUUUGAGAAAAGUGAAUACAUGCCUGUUAGAUAUGAUAUCGCAAUGA